GGCCCAACGUCCUAUUUUUAGGACUGAGAAAAGUCGCCCUUCCGGUCCAAGCUAGUAUUUAAAUCUAUCAAUUAGCGGCCCAAGGUCCUAAAAUUAGGUCAUACGCUUCUAACACGUACCGAUCCCUAAUAUUUGCGUGAAACGAAACGUUUGUGUCUUAAAUAUGGCGGAACUGAACGCAGCCACUUGAUGGAGCUGGCAGUUUGACAUUUGACAAUCAAAUGUCAGUUCUUUGACACGCGGAAGUUGAGAAGAUGGCAUCCUCGCGUAAACGUGGUUUGAUGGAUGCGGAAUUAGAAAAAUAUUUAAAUCUAAACGAGUCCGACUUAGAACUUAGUGAUUUUGAUGAUGAUUUACUUGAUGCGGAUUUUCAACCCUCAAGCCGUUAUCUUCAGUCAUCUCACUCCUCAUCUUCGUCGUCUGAAGAUGAAAACGAAGUAGUAUUUCCAGAGACUCAGACAGUUACUAGUCCGAUUGGAAACAGAAAUGUUGCAUCUGCAGAAUCUCACAUUUCACGCCGUUCUCGUGGAGGUCCAAGGACUCGAAGCUGUUCACGUGGUCGGGGUCGGGGAAGGUCAUCGCAUGGACGCGAUGUUUGACGAUUUUUUGUUGAUAUUUAGAUACAUAUAUAAGUUUUGAUUAGUUAUUGGUUAAGUGCAAUGUACUAUCUACGUUUACUUAAAUAAACAUGACUAUACGAUAAUGUUCGUUUUUAUUUCAUUAUUUCUUUAGUUUAAGGAAAUGUACAGGAAUAGACUACAAAAUAUUUCAAAUACUUGCUACUUUUAUGUAUGUAAUGUAUACAUAAAAGUAACACACAUUCAUAAAAUACCGUCCCAGUGACCUAAAAAUAGGACAUUUCUUUUUCGACUCAUUUUACAUUAAUAUUGUUCAUAAUACUUACCUUUAAAGUAUACAAUAAGACUUUACCUAAAAACUUGCAGGUUU